CUAUGGUGUCUUAUAUUUCUGUUCCUACACGGGAAAGGAGUCAAAGGACUCUAUUUCUGCCUAUAUAUACAUGUUUUCCUGGGGGAGAAAAGGUGUAAAAAUUGAAAUAUCAUGGCUAAAGCCAAGGAUUUUGCAGAUGACUUGACUAGAGACAUUAUUGGUCGAUUAUCUGAUCCCAAAAGUGUUCGCAGGUUUAAGAGUGUCUCCAAAUCAUGGCGUUCCAUGAUAUCUGAAAUCCAGAGGGAAGACCUGGUAAUUGUCAGCGGAUGCAGGGUGUACUCGGCAGAUUUGGACUCACCCCAUAUUUUGAAACAGCACUAUGUCCCACAUGGAGGCGAGCCAGUGAUUCUAAGAGGUUCAUGCAACAGCUUGAUUCUCUUAUCCUCACAUUACAAUAUCAUUCUCUCGAACAAAUUAUCAGGAGAUUACCAGUUAAUUCCCUAUCCUGAAAUUAUAACCUCGGAACCUUAUUAUAAAGAAGAUAGUAUGUUCCUUCUUCAUGGCCUUGGAUACGAUUCCGUAGAUGAUGAUUACAAAAUAGUGCAAAUCAUAUGGUUUUGCUGUGUAAACCAUUGUCUUAGCAGAUUUGAGUUCAAAGUUUUCAGUUUGAGAAACAAAAUCUGGAGAAGCCCUAAGAGGACAAGCAUUAAAAGUAGUCCUGUUCCUUACAUUAUGGGCAGUAACUUUAAUAUGUCAAAAGCAGUGCUUGUUGGCAGCAGUGUGCAUUGGGCAGCUCACUACGAGCAAAAAUCACAGUAUCUUGUCUUUGCUUUUGAUCUCACCACCGAGGAGUCUCAUGAGAUUGAGUUGCCAGAGAAGACAAAAGCAGAUGUAGUAGGGACACUUGGGGGCAACCUUACUGUGACACACUCAAAGAAUGAGGUUGUAGAUAUAUGGGUGAUGAAGGAGUAUAAGGUGAAGGCAUCUUGGACUCAUGCGUUUAGGAUCCCAAUUGUCAUCUAUAGGGGAAUAUAUGUUUCCAACUGUAUCAGGCCGAUAGCUUACUCGAGGAAUGGUGGUCAGAAAAUAUUGUUAGAAUGUGGUGACUGCAGCCUUUUCUGGUACGACCUAGGAAACAAUAAAUUGGAUGUUGUUGGUAUUAAUGAGCAUCAAGUUGAUGAAAUUUACGGCAUAACUCUCUGUUCAUAUAGCCAACUACCUAAGUCUACUGGCAAUCAUCUCCUUCUAAAACCAAGUUAGAGAUCUUGCGUUUUGUUUGGGGAGAUUGAUAUGGCAGAAAGUUUGCCUUCUCUUGUUCAAAUUAAGAUGAGCAUUAUCAAGUUAAGGAAAAGAAUAUGUAAUUCCACUAGCUAGUGUCAACACGGAAAAUGAAGAGCAAUCU